CCGAAGCUGGCCGGAGAAUCCCGGAGGUUUCAGGCGAGUUGGGACAGCAGGGAUCUGGGUCGAGGUGCAUCCCUAAGGGGCGAGUUGGCCGGGAAAGCUUUGGCCCCGAAUCGGCGCGGGCCGGUCUCACGCAGCUUCCUGCCUCUGUGCCCGCUGCCAUGUGGGCCGCUCUGAGAUUAGCCCUGCGGCCCUGCGCCCGCGCCGCUGCCCCAGCGCUGCGUUCCUAUCAUGGGGACUCCGUGGCUUCCCUGGGCACCCCACCGGACUCCAGCUCUGCCAUCUACCAGGAAAACUACGAACAGAUGAAAGCAUUAGUAAAUCAACUCCAUGAGCGAGCGCAGAACAUCAGACUAGGAGGUGGUGAGAAAGCCAGAGCACGUCACAUAUCAAGAGGAAAACUGUUACCCAGAGAAAGAAUCGACAAUCUUAUAGACCCAGGGUCUCCAUUCCUGGAAUUAUCACAGUUUGCAGGUUACCAGUUGUACGGUGAUGAGGAGGUCCCUGCAGGUGGUGUUAUUACAGGCAUUGGAAGAGUGUCAGGAAUAGAAUGCAUGAUUGUUGCCAACGAUGCCACAGUCAAAGGAGGUAGCUACUAUCCAGUGACUGUGAAGAAACACUUACGAGCACAAGAAAUUGCGAUGCAAAACAGGCUCCCCUGCAUUUACUUGGUUGACUCAGGAGGGGCAAAUUUACCUCGACAAGCAGAGGUAUUUCCAGAUCGAGAUCACUUUGGCCGCAUAUUCUACAAUCAGGCAGUUAUGUCUUCUAAAGGCAUUACACAGAUAGCAGUGGUCAUGGGCUCCUGCACAGCAGGCGGGGCCUACGUGCCUGCAAUGGCUGAUGAAAACAUCAUCGUCCGCAAGCAGGGUACCAUUUUCUUGGGUGGACCUCCCUUGGUUAAAGCAGCCACUGGAGAAGAGGUGUCAGCUGAGGAUCUUGGAGGGGCUGAUCUUCACUGCAGAAAGUCUGGAGUAAGUGACUACUACGCUUUGGAUGAUAAUCAUGCCCUUCACUUAGCUAGGAAGAUUGUGAGGAGUCUAAAUUAUCAGAAGAAAAUGGAUGUUACCAUUGAACCUUUUGAAGAUCCUUUAUUUCCUGCUGAUGAAUUGUAUGGAAUAGUUGGUGCCAACCUUAAGAGGAACUUUGAUGUCCGAGAGGUCAUUGCUAGAAUCGUGGAUGGAAGCAAGUUCAAUGAGUUCAAAGCCUUAUAUGGAGACACAUUAGUUACAGGAUUUGCUAGACUAUUUGGAUAUCCAAUAGGUAUCAUUGGAAACAAUGGAGUUCUCUUUUCUGAAUCGGCAAAAAAGGGGGCUCAUUUUAUCCAGUUAUGCUGCCAAAGGAAUAUUCCUCUGCUCUUCCUUCAAAAUAUUACUGGAUUUAUGGUUGGUCGAGACUAUGAAGCUGAAGGAAUUGCCAAGGAUGGUGCCAAGAUGGUGACCGCCGUAGCUUGUGCCAACGUGCCGAAGAUAACUGUCAUCAUUGGGGGAUCUUACGGGGCUGGAAACUACGGGAUGUGUGGCAGAGCGUAUAGCCCAAGAUUUCUCUACUUGUGGCCAAAUGCUCGCAUCUCAGUGAUGGGAGGAGAGCAGGCAGCUAACGUGUUGGCGACAGUAGCAAAGGACCAGAGAGCACGGGAAGGGAAACAGUUCUCCAGUGCUGAUGAAGCAGCUUUAAAAGAGCCCAUCAUUAAGAGGUUUGAAGAGGAAGGAAACCCUUACUAUUCCAGUGCAAGGCUGUGGGAUGAUGGGAUUAUCGAUCCAGUGGACACCAGGCUGGUCCUGGGCCUCAGUCUUAGUGCUGCCCUCAAUGCACCCAUCCAGAAGACUAACUUCGGCAUCUUGAGGAUGUGAUUGGAAUAUAAAGCAUCUUCUACUGGACGUGUACUGAAAAUUAAUACAUUUGUAGCCUUAAAAUUGUAGACUUUUUCACCAUGUCUAUUAAUAGUAAAAGUGCUUUAACACAGUGCACUGUUCUUUUCUACCUUUAAAAAAAAAAAUCAGUGAAGAUAUUUAUCUGAUGAAGUGCAAUUCCUUGUAAAUUCUCUUAGAAAAGGCUUUCUAUGGCUCAACUCUUCCAUGCUUAGAAGGAAGGAAAUAAUUUAGAGUUAUCCUUUCUAAGCCAUAAGAAGUAUCAGAAGUUCUGUAAUCUUUAAAUUCCAGGUAUUAUUGAGAUAUUUUAAACAUAAAAUUGUAUUUCCACUGACGUGAUUGCUUUGCCAAUUAUGCAUGGUGAUAUUUUAAUGUACUUUAAAAAAAAAAAAAAGCAUCUGUUACUUUCCCCUCCAGCCACCAUCCUCCUCCUCUCCAUGGCAUCCUCCUCCCCUCCUUCUGGCUGUCUGCACCCUGGGUUCUGUUUUUCUACCCAUUCUCGCCUCUGGUUUCUACUGUCAGCAGCCCUCUCCAGGGUCACCACUGACCUCCAUGUUCCCGAAAGCAGUGGGUCUUUUUCCAGCCUUACCUGAUUCAGUUCCCUGGGGCAUUCACAUCAGUCAGACACUUCCUUCCAGCAGUGCUGCUCCGGGCUUCCGUGCUGUAACCUACCAGCCUCCUUGCUGGUCCUCCUUCAGUUUCCUCUGCAGGCCCCGCUGCCUGUGCUCAUUCCUCCUUCCCUUCACCAUUUGUCUUGAUUUUUCAUUAGCAAUGUGUGAAUACAUUCUUACUCUGAAAGAUACAAAUAGCACAAAAGUGUCUCUUUUUUCCUUUUAAUUAUGGCAAAACACACCUCACAUAAAGUUUACCAUUGUAACCAUUUUUAAGUGUGCAGUUCUGUGAUGUUAAGCACAUCACAGUUGCUGGUAAUCAUCACCACCAUCCAUCUCCAGCACUUUUCAUCAUCCCAGAUUGAAGCUCUGUUAUUAAAUAAUAGCUCCCCAUUCUGUCUUCUCCCUGCCCCUGGCACAUUUCCUUUUUCUUUUUUUAAACUGAGAUAAUUGAAUGUAACAUUAUAUUAAUUUCAGGUGUACAACAUAAUGAUGGGAUAUUUGUGUACACUACAAAAUGAUCACCAACAUAAGUCUAAUCAUCAUCCAUCAUCAUGCACAGUUAGGAAAUUUUUUCUCUUUUUUUUUCUUGUGAUGAGGACUUUUAAGAUUUACUUGCUUAGCAAAUUUCAAAUAUGUAAUACAGCAUUAUCAACUGUAGUCCCCAUGCUGUACAUUACAUCCCUGGACUGACUUAUUUUAUAGCUGGACCUAUGCUACCUUUUGACCCUCUUCAGUCAUUUUGUCCACCCCCACCCCCUCCCUUCUCACAAACACUAAUCAGUUCUGUAUAAGCUUGUUUUGUUGUUUAGAUUACAUAUGUCAUUUAGAUAUGGUGUUCCUCUUUCUCUGACCUAUUUCACUUAGCAUAGUGACAUUGGGGUCCACUCUUGCUGUUGCAAAUGGCAAGCUUUUAUUCUUUUUGUGGCUGAAUAUUUUUCCUCCUCAUUCUUAAAUGUAUGUGUUUUUCAUGGCUUCAUGUGUGCUCUCUGGCCAUUUUAGCCUUAUGGCUUUAGUGACCAUCCAUAUGGGGAUGAUUCCUGUGUUGACAGUUCUCAACACAGCUCUCCCCUGAGCUCCAGACCUCUAUGUCAAAGAGGUUUAGGGAACCUCAGAAUUCGAUCCUCAUGUUCAGUUGAUUUUGCCUCCUGACCAUCUCUUGAAUUCCUCCACUAGUUUUGUCCUUUACUGCAGAGCUUAAAAGGCAUCUCCCUGCAUCCAGUCUUCCCUAGUCCAGUCUCUGCAUCACUCUGCAGUUAGAAUGGCCAUUCUAAGGUGCACAUCUGUCAUGUUGCUUCCUUACUUACGUCUUUCGCUGGUUCCACUUAGAAGUGCCAAACCCCUAAUGCCCUCCAUGGGUCUUGAUCAUCACUUCUGAAGUCUCAUCUCCUUGACUCCUCUUUUCACAUUGGGUACUCCUCCCAUUCUAGACUUCUUCCAAUUCCUUGAACCUAAAAAGUCCUUCCCCUCUUAGAGUCUAUGAGGUUCUCUCUGCCUGAACUCUUCUCCCUUCUACUGAAACACUUUUUAUCUCUGUGGUUUCCCUGGGCUGGGUUAGACACCUGUUAUGUGUUCUUAUAGAACACCAUUUUCUUCCUCUGACUUACAUGUUUAUAAGAAAUAUAAGCAUUUUAAAAAAAAAUAUUGCCUUCCUGCUAGAAUGUAAGCACCAUAAGAUCAGGGAUCCUCCUGCUUGACCUGUGUCCCCAAUGCCUGGUACUGGUAGGUGCCCAGAUAUGUGUCAAAUGAAUGAAAAGUUCGUAUUUUAAUUGUAUUUAAAAUGAAGUGACUGAUUAUAUGAUCUGAUACUACUAUGAAAUGCUUUCCUAAUAAAAUUAAUAUUUCAAA